UCUAUUCAGCAAUCACUACACUCUCCCUCCCCCGCAUUCUGUGCCAGAAUCUGCGCUGGGUGUUAACACCGGGGGAAACGAGGCUUCCAGGAUGAGGGGUCACACACACACAAGCAGCCGCAGCCUCAGUCCCGCCGCGCCUGCCGCGUCCGCCAGCGCCAGCUCCGCGUCCGAUCAGCCUGCGGCUGCCCGCUCCGCCGCCAUGGCCACCUCCCCGCAGAAGUCGCCCGCUGUCCCCAAGUCCCCCACUCCCAAGUCGCCCCCGUCAAGGAAGAAAGACGACUCCUUCUUGGGAAAACUCGGAGGGACCCUGGCCCGGAGGAAGAAAGCCAAGGAGGUAUCCGAGCUUCAGGAGGAGGGCAUGAACGCCAUCAACCUACCCCUCAGCCCCAUCCCCUUCGAGCUGGACCCUGAGGACACGAUGCUGGAGGAGAAUGAAGUGCGAACAAUGGUGGAUCCAAACUCACGCAGUGACCCCAAGCUGCAAGAACUGAUGAAGGUAUUAAUUGACUGGAUUAAUGAUGUGUUGGUUGGAGAAAGAAUCAUUGUGAAAGACCUAGCUGAAGAUUUAUAUGAUGGACAAGUCCUACAGAAGCUUUUUGAGAAACUUGAGAGCGAGAAGCUGAACGUUGCUGAAGUCACCCAGUCCGAGAUCGCUCAGAAGCAAAAGCUGCAGACUGUCCUGGAGAAGAUCAACGAAACCCUGAAACUUCCUCCCAGGAGCAUCAAGUGGAAUGUGGACUCUGUUCAUGCCAAGAGCCUGGUUGCCAUCUUGCAUCUGCUGGUUGCUCUGUCCCAGUAUUUCCGGGCACCAAUCCGACUCCCAGACCACGUUUCCAUCCAAGUGGUUGUGGUCCAGAAACGAGAAGGAAUCCUCCAGUCCCGGCAAAUCCAAGAGGAAAUAACUGGUAACACAGAGGCUCUUUCUGGAAGGCAUGAACGUGAUGCCUUUGACACCUUGUUCGACCAUGCGCCAGACAAGCUCAAUGUGGUGAAAAAGACCCUCAUCACUUUCGUGAACAAGCACCUGAAUAAACUGAACCUGGAGGUCACAGAACUGGAAACCCAGUUUGCAGAUGGGGUAUACCUGGUGUUGCUCAUGGGACUCCUGGAGGGCUAUUUUGUGCCCCUGCACAGCUUCUUCCUGACCCCGGACAGCUUUGAACAGAAGGUCUUGAAUGUCUCCUUUGCCUUUGAGCUCAUGCAAGAUGGAGGUUUAGAAAAGCCAAAACCACGGCCAGAAGACAUCGUCAACUGUGACCUGAAGUCUACACUGCGAGUGCUGUAUAACCUCUUUACCAAGUACCGGAACGCGGAGUGAGGAGCAGCCUGGGCCGUCCUCCCGCCCCCCGAACCUGCUCAUUCCCGCCUCCUGCUCUGUGCUCUCCCACGAGUCCAGCUACAACCCAGCGACAGUGGGAAUGGAAAUUAGGAAGGAAAUGAUCAGCAACUCAGUGGGCUGACCCAGCAAUGGCCUGGACAGGUUGUCCCCAUCCGGGUGCUAGAUUCAGAUUUAGUGUGAUUUGGGAACCAGCUUAGGCAAAAGAGACUCUCCACAGAAGAAGAAAAUAAAGAUUAUAGUUACCACUUUGUGGGUGUAAACUGUACUGGGCACCACACUAAGUGCUCUGAUAUACUCAUUAACACUCAUGAUUCCCAUUGCAGCAGGUAUUACAAUCUCCUUUUACAGAUGAGGAAACUGAGUCUCAGAGAGGUUAAGUGGCUUGCCAGAAGCAGCAUUUUUUUCCUUUGAACUAAUUUGUUAAUAACUAGCCCAUUACAUUCUUCACGCAUUCUUUGGGUGUGUCUGUGUGCGUGUGCAUGUGCACGUGAGCCCUCAAAGCAGACAGGAGCCCACUGAUCUCACCACCGUGCAGGCUAGGUGAGGGCUCAUGAUUCACACUGAAAUUGGCAAAUCAAAUUUAACCCAAUUAGCAGUAUUUGUGUAGCAGGAGUCAUGUCCCUCUACUCCCUUGUACAAAUGAAAAUUACUCUUAAUUCCUUCAGAUUUGCAGUAACCCCAUACUCUGGUUUCCGGGUAACGUUUGGGAAGGAUUCUGUUUAAAAUUAAUGGAGUGGCACAUUUUGCAGCUUUUUGCUUGAUUGCAUGUAAUGGAAGUGCCCUAUAUUUUCCUGCAAAAUAAGUACUCGAUUCAUUAUCAUUAGACAACUGUACAAUGUACCCAGGCACCACAGAGAGCUGGGCACAGGCCCAUGUGAGCAUGGCUUGGGAAGCGGAGCUCUUCAACAGCGACCUUUGAACUUUAAAGAAAGGAACUCCGUUUUGCCUUCUAAUUGAUCAUUUAGACCAUUCCUGGCUAAGUCUGCCCAAAUGCAAUUACUGGUUAAUUCAGGCACGGAAAAAUAUAAGUCAUUUAGACCCAAGCCGAGCGUUUUCCUUGCAUGAGUUACUUGUGGGCUGAUGCUUACUUGUAUCCCCUCCAUGUGAUCCCAUCUUCGUCCCAGGCUGCCGGGUCCUGGAGGAAUAAGAAAGGGGUUGAAUUGGGGUUGGCCAGGGGGAGCAAGCAGGAUGGGAAAUAGUUGUACACAUAACACAGAGGAGAACACCCUCAGAACAGAGGGAUGGGGCUGGUGGCAACGCUUGCAUCCUUAAACUGACCAAGGCCUUGGGUAAAUAAUCACUUGUACUGAUAUUCUGUCUUCAUUAUAGAAUUUUCCAAAAUAUACCAGAUGGACACCAGCCUGUGUACCGCCUCCAGAAGUCUGGCCAGCUCUGUCAUUACGUUAGGCCACUGCACAAAGCCCAGCUCUAAGGAAUUCGUUUUGAUCUCUCGCUACACCACCCAGAGUUAGACCUCCCGUACUGUCCAAAACAUUUCCUUCCCACGUCUACUCAUUUCUUACUCUAUGGUCUAUCUGCAGUAACUCAGGACCCUUAAAUUUUAGAUAUACUACAUAUUCACUGGAUAUUUUGCUCUAAGAAAGAAUGGUUACUCAGCGUAAUGAGCAUUUAAGAUACAAAGGCAACGUACUCUCUUGUCAAUUUAUGUAAGAGACUACCGUUUGUUUUACAUAUAAAUAAAAAUACUACAUUUUUCAUUAGGAAACACUGAAUAGUAUAAUAUUUCUCUUGUCUGUUGGCUCUCUUUUAAAUUCCUGAUAGAAAAUCAAGAUAGAGCUUUGCUGUGUCUGCUUGAGCAAUACUAAAGCAGGGUGAACAACAGGAAUGCAUUCACUUAAACAUGCUCUGCUGUACGAAUUUUGUCUCCUUUUUUGUCUUUUUUUCUUGCUAUAUUGAAGCUGCAACUGUACAGUGUACAAAUGGGCUUAUUAAGAACACACCAUUUGCAUUUUACAUAUACAUGGCAUGAAAACACAUCAGAACACUUGGAAGGUUUUUUAAUAACAGGUCUAAUCUACCAUAGAAUUUUAUUUCCAGAGUGAAGUCUUUGCCUCCAUCCAGAAGCCUAGGUCCUACGCCUGCUUUUAUAACCCUAUCAUCUCAUUUAGAGGUUUUCCUUUAGAUUCUGGAAUCUCCUGCUUAAUACAUGACCAUGUUUUUGAAGGAGAAAAAAGGCAUCAAAACAAUAAAUAAACCGAACUUCGCCCUUGUCUCUUUAAAAAAUGAAACUAGAAACAAGAAUCAAGCAAGUUUCUGUGGACUCACUGGGUGUUGUUUUUUCUUUUCUCCUCUUUUCUAACUUUAAAUUGAUAUUUUUAAAUCAUUAAUAUAUAAAGUACAAAAUUCGAAAAGCAUAAAAGGGUAUCUUUAUGAUAGUGAAAAAAAAAAAAACGAUAUCUUCUUCCCUCCCUUCCUCCAGCAGCCCAAGGGAACUAUUUUGAUCCAUUUUAUAAAUUUAUUUCCAGAGACACUCCAGCCAUAUAAAGCAUGAACAUACAUAUAAAAUCUUUUUUGUUUUUACAUAAAUA